AUGCCAGAUGACCGACCAAACGCUUCAAAAGCUUUAGAAAAAGCUAAAGCUAUAAAGAAUCCGCCACCUCCUCCACCAAAAGUUGGUUGGGCGGUGCCAGAUACCCCCAAAUUCCGCGCACCGAUGGAUUAUGACCCUCUAAAGGAACGAGGUGGCAUUACCGAGCAACGAUUUUUCAUCCAAAGAGCACUUCCA